GAAAAAAAUCACACGAAUAUUCACCCAUGAUUUUCGAAAAGAAAUUUGGUGAUAGUUCAGAAAUAAUCACUGAAAAUAAUUCGUGUUUACAGUAGCGAAGUUGGUCUAUCGAACAUGCGCCAUGGGUUGAUUUACAUCCGCGUAAACGGAACACCGUUCAUGCGAAGAAACGGCACUUGCAGAAUAGCAAUCAUCUAAAAAAAAGUGUUGCGUAGCCUCUACUCCUUCCAUAUAGAGCUUAUGAUUCCUUUGACGAACUUCCCUGUGCGUGGAAGCUUUGAAGCAUGCUGAUGAGUUUUCAUCGUCCUUACCGAGCUGCAUAAACGGCGAGGGAAAAAAGGUCGUCACAGGUAUUCAGUAACGUUCAACUUAAGUCGAAAAAACGAUGACAGCAAUGGCGCCUAAUUCGGAGCUGAUGCUCUUCGUAACCCAUGUUGAAACAGACGGGCCCCUACUUAAAAUAUGGGGUCAAAUAGACCGAACUGCAGCCACGUGCGUCGAAAAAACGAUUCUCCCAUUAACUGAGAAAUUCACUCAAGGACUUGGUGCACCUAAUCCUGAUUGUAAACUUCCACUAAACUUGAUAUGUUGUGCACGUUUCCAAAACGAAGGGUACUUUCGCGCUAAAGUCUGUGGCGUCCAACCCAACGGGCAAGUUCUCCUGCACUUCAUCGAUUAUGGGAACUACGAAGUCGUACCUCUGUCAGCCAUAAGGCUGCUUGAUAAUAUUCCCAGCGCAUUAUCGCUUAUAUCAUUACCAGCGAUAGCCAUAGAUUUCACCCUGGCUGGCAUAUUGCCUGUGAAUGGAAGAUGGGAUGCUGAGACUGUAGAAUCGAUAAAACAGAGUCUUCGCUACGCAGAUUCUAAAGGACUGUUUCAUUCUGCAGUUGGUCCUUACAGAUUCUUGAAGCUUUGCUAUAAUAACCAAGAUUUUAGUGAGCUUCUUGUUAGUAGGAAUAUAGCGACUCGUGCCAGUGUCCAAGAUAUGUUGCUCACCGUUAGACAGCUGCAGCCGCAAGAGCUGCGUUCACCACAGUUUAAGCGUAAUGUUUGCCCUCCACCACCACCUGGCAAUUAUCUACCAAGACCUAUGUCUAAUGUGUAUACAGAUUCACCUAUGCGAUCUAAUAACACAUACGAAGACUGGAGAAGUGCGCAGCAUAGGCAACAGCCUGUUCAUGUUCAAGAAGCUUUAGUAUUCAAGUCUAGAGUUUUAGAUGUUGGAUCUAUACACGAAGUAAUGGUGUCCUUCAUAGAAGAUGGCCCAUAUAAAUUUUCGAUACAAGUGAAAAGCAUGUCGGGCAUUCUCUCUAAGCUCAUGACCGAUAUCAAUAGGCAUCCCACAACCCCGUUGCAGGAGCCUCCUUUGCCUGGGUCGGUUUGCUUAGGACGAUAUUCUCAUGAGAAAGUUUUGUGCCGGGCGGUAGUUAUGGCUGUUAUGGAACAAAAAUGUAAAGUGUGGUACGUUGAUUUUGGGCAUACUGAAGCCUUGCCUUAUUCGGAUAUAUUUCAACUUCCGCCUCAGUACAUUAUUCCCAGAGUCCUUUCCAUAAGAUUCACAUUGAGUGGAAUAAAAGACAUGGUUAUCGAUCAAAAAACCAAAGAUUACUUCAAGAAAUUAGUAGAUAAAAAACUCCUGGUACUUCAGGUCCGACCACCUGAAGGUCCUCCUUUGGUGCAAUAUGGGGAUUUGUACGAUAAUGGCACAAAUAUUAGGGAUAUCCUAGAAAAAACCUGCGCUAUGACAGCAACGGUAUUUUAUCAAGAACCACCGAAACUACAACGGGGAAUGAAAAAUGUGGUUCACGUGUCCUUUGUAGAAUCUUGUACAAAGUUCUUCGUUCAACUUGAUAGUGGGGUAAAAUCCCUCAAUUCCAUCAUGGCUUGCUUGGCAGAAUAUGCUCAAAAUGCUCCUCCACUUGACGAAAAACACCUGCAAAUUGGAUGGCCUUGUUGUGCAUCAUAUAUCGAAGAUAAACAAUGGUACCGUGCCCAAAUUUUGAGCGUCAGUGGGGAGCAAGUGACUGUGCUUUACGUAGACUACGGUAACAAGGAAACGGUGACCGUUUCAGCUCUUCGCAAAAUACAUGAAGAUUUGGUUAAAAAUUUGAGAUGUCAGGCAAUAUCCUGUGCCCUCAAUGGUUUCCAAUCCUCCGAAUCCAACCAAGAAGUUGCUAAUCAGUUCGAAUCACUUGUCCUUGAGCGACAACUCACCAUGGAAGUCGUAGAUGUAGUUCCUAAUGGUCCCAUUAUCAAUUUAUUGGAUCAUACAGUCUCUCCACCGAUGAAUAUUGCAGCUCAACUUUCUGUAUCGAUUACCCCAUCGAGGAAUAUAAAGCCAUCUAAUACACGGAGAGAUACCGAACAGGUAUUGAAUUUGUCACAAGAUGCCGAAACAAAAUAUCCAAGUGAGGACCGCAAUGGUAAGUGGGAAAAGAAAUCAAAUAAUUGGGGCCAAGAUUCUAUGCCUGGCGAUAUGGGUAUGAGGAACAGAAGACCACCGCACGAACACACGAACGGUGAUAGGAGGGAACAAUUCCAUGAUAAAACAAGAACCAAGACUGCAAAGGAUGUUGAAAAUGAGCAAAGACAACGAGAUAAUAAUCGUCCUGAGGGGGACGAUCGUUUGCAUCAUAAAGAGACUCGAAAUAAUUAUUUCAAUAGAAAUGACUCAGCAACUGGCAACAGAUACGAACGAAACGACGACGGUGCCAACAGGAAAGGAGGCAAAGGUGGAAGAUUUGGAUCUGGAGGUAACUCUAGAGAAGAAAAUCGCUCAGACAGAAGCAUGAAUAAAGACGACAGCUGGAGCGACAAGGAUUCGGACACAUCUUCCAGAGGCAGUGGUCGUCGUGGAAGCAAAAGGCCUCGAGGAGCAAAGGGACAGGGAGACAGGGGUGGACGCAGAGGUGACGACAGAAAAUCUAAUUCAGGAAAAUGGAGUGAUGGAGAUAACGACAGAUCGAGCUCUAAGAGUAGCACAUCAGGAUUCAGACCAAGGGAUAAAAAUUUGUCCAGUUCAUCAUGGAAGAACGCAAAACCCCAAGCCAAUAAAUCUGGCUCCUGGAACUCCAUGUCACCGAAGUCGCCUGUCAAAGAAAAGCCAAAAACUCAAAAGCUUACGAUACCUUCUCCUAAUAUAACAGUUGGUGCUGUUAAAACUGUUGAAUUGACAUACAUGGAAAGCCCGACAAAUUUUUACGUUCAGUUAUGCCCUGACAACAUAGAGCUUGAUGCCAUUAUGGAAAAAAUUGCCGGAAUAUACAACGAAGGAGGUGAUAUAGUUAAAACUUCAGAUAUACAACCUGAACUGUGUUGUAUAGCUCAAUACUCUUGCGACUCUACAUGGUACAGAGCAAUCGUCAAGGCAAACAACGGAGGCACCGCUACGGUCAAAUUCAUAGAUUACGGUAACUCAGAGGUAGUCGCGUAUGACAAAAUUAAAGAACUUCAGCCGGUGUUUGCCAAAUUAUCGGCGCAAGCUGUACACUGUAAACUUUUUGGCGCAUCGAAGUCGGUUUGGACGGAUGGAGAAAUAGACAGUUUCUCCCAAUCUGCUGAAGGAAUCCCUCUUGAAGCUGAAUUUAUUACGCAAGAUAAUGAAGUUUAUGAAGUUCUGUUAAAACCUAUCAAUAACGACGCUUCAGAUUCUAAUUGUGUGAACAAACAAUAUUGUGGUGACUUAGACUUGAUUCAAGCUAAGAAGGAGGUUAAAGAUAGACGCAAGAAUGGCGGCAGAAGAACACCUCAGUACAUCUCAGCUCAAGAAAAAUGGAGAGACGAAUCUUUUACUCCAGGAUAUGAAGUAGACGUUGUUGUCACCUGGUUUGUGAAUCCGAAUAAUUUUUACUGCCAAUUACUCAGCAGGCAAUCCGAAUUCAGAAACAUGAUGAAUGAGAUUCAGGAGUCUUACGUCGUACAACGCCCCGUCAAAAAUGCUCUCCAGGUCAAUGCGCCAGUUAUCGCAUUUUUCUCUGACGAUGGGGCAUUGUACCGAGCUGAAAUAAAAGAAUUGAACAAACUACGCGGUCAUAUAGUGCAAUACGUUGAUUUUGGAAACCGUGCCAUGGUUGAUCCAUCCAAAAUAUAUCCUGUAGAAAAGAAAUUCGCGGUUUUACCCAAGCAAGCGAUGCACUGUACGUUAAAAAACGUCUCACCAACUAGUGGAUCGGACUGGUCCAGAGCAAACAAACAACAAGUCGAUCGGUACUUUGAUGCGGAUAAAUACAAAUGUACAUUCCAUGGGAAGAAAGACGGCAAAUACCUGAUUUCAUUGAGUAACAAUGGAAAAGAUGUUGGUGACUCUAUGAUCGCUGCAGGUCUGGCUGUUAAUUCUGAAGCAAAAAUUGCCACGGUCGUUAAUAGAGUCACCACUCCUGAAGCAAAACCAUCCGAUCAUAUUUCGAAUAAGCAAGAUCUAACUUACUGGGCCGGUCAUACCAUUCGCACAAAUGUUUCCAACGUCCAAGGAGCUGCUAAGUUUUACAUUCAACUACCUGCGUCCAUCGAGUCUCCGAAACCAGUAGACAAUCUUCACAAUUCUAUGUUGGAAAUUCCACAUCAUUUGGUUGAAUGCUAUCUCUUUGACACAUCUCCAACUCCGAACGUGGAUGACAUAUUGAAAAAUUCUGCGGAAGGCAAAUGCCUGAUUGUUCGCAUUAAAAAUGUAGAAAACAACAGACUUGUAGUGCAACUCUAUGACGUAUCCGGCAAAAGGUUACUUCAUUCGGAUACUAGUGACUGCAUUUCUCCUGUUUUCCCCUUGCCAAUUUCGGCAACUACGGACAAGGUUUGGGUGACUCAGAUCGAGGAUACAAAAAAUAUAUGGUUGCAGCGAUCGUCCGAUUCAGAAAUAAUCGCAAAUUUUCUGGCCGUAUUAUUCAAAUAUUAUUCGACAUCUGGAACCCAACAAGAACCUGAGGUAGGUAAGCUCUGCGCGGCCCAAUCCCAAGACCAGAAUUGGUAUAGAGCAACAAUUGAAAACGUAACGGACACCGGAGUAACGGUAAGAUUUAUUGACUAUGGAAAUACUGAGGAAGUAUCGCUUGAGUCGAUAAAAGUGUUGGAGCAACAGUUUUACGUACCUCAUCAACUGGCUAUCAAGGUAUCCUUGGGACUGACUCUGAAAGGGACGGAAGAAGAGCAGGAUGAAUUAUUGCACAACCAUCUAAAUGAUAAAGAAUUUACGGCGUCUUUUGUUAAAGUCGGUGACGAGUGGAUAGCCCGCCUUACUUUAAAUGAUAAAACACUAAAUGAAAUAUUCAAAGAACUUGGAGUUGUGGAAGCUAAAAAAACAGAACCGGAACAACAGGAAAUACCGGAAAUGAUCGUUGGCAACAGGUACGAGGUAUUUUUAUCGCACGCUGAUUCGCCGGCUCAAUUUUGGCUACAAAGAAACGAAGAGAUAGACGCUCUGGAAAUUAUGCAAGCUGAUCUUCAAAUCGUUGCACCAAAUUUCUCACCGAUAACUGGGGUACCCGAGGAAGGAUCUCUCUGCGCUGCUCUUUAUUCCGUUGAUAACCUCUGGUACAGAGCUGAAGUCCUCGAUGCCGAUGAAGAUAUUACAACGGUUAGAUUCAUAGAUUACGGCAACACAGAUGUCGUCGAUACAACUUCAAGCAAUAUCAAAGAGCUUCCAGAAAACUGGCAAUUGAUUAAGAAAUAUGCCCUUAAAUCGAGACUGGAUCUUAUUCCCAUUGGAUCUGAAGAUUGGAGUACAGCGAGCUGUGAAAUGUUUGAGAAUAUGGCUACGCCUACAAAUUCUAUAACUGCUCUGAUCAUCGCUGACAGUGUUCCUAGGCGAGUUGAAUUAUUCGUCGAACAAAACAGCAUUGGAGAAACACUUGUAAAAGAGGGACACGCGAUAAUGGUUCACAACGUGGAAGAUCUGAAUGAAGAAAUAAUUGACGUUGUUCUAGAUCCUCGAUCUGCAUUUGUCAGCCAUUUAAAUUCUCCGGGUGAAUUUUGGGUCCAGGAAGAAAAAUCCGUAUCUGAUCUAGAAACUAUGAGCGACAGGUUCAUGGUUGCCGAGAUGUAUCCCAAGCUUGAGGAAAUCGAAGUUGGAACUUUAUGCGUUGCUAGGUUCCCAGAUGACUAUCAAUGGUACAGAGCUCGCAUAAAUUCCCAUGGUCCAGCUGGAACGCAAGUUCUGUACAUCGAUUAUGGUAAUUCUGCUGUAUCAACAGAGAUAAGAACAAUCCCCAAAGACCUGGCAUUGAUCCCACCUUUGUCCAGGAAAUGUUGCCUUCAACUACCUGCAGGGGCAAGGGAAUGGUCUCAAAAUGCAUGCGAUAAAUUUGCAGAAUUAGCCGCAGACGGUGCUACAAUAUUUUUAUUGGAUGUGAUAUCAGAGGGAGAAACAUCCGUUGUCAACCUCACAUUAGAUGGAGUUAAUGUGGCCGAUGAACUAAUUCGUCUCUGCGACUUUUUACCGGUAAUAGAUGAACGACUACCACCUCUCGGAGAAGAAAAUUCUCCAAACAUUGUAGUCAGCCACGUAAAUUCCUUGACCGAAUUUUGGACUCAAGCGGAAAGCAGUAUAACUGAACUAGAAACCAUGGCAAGUCGAUUAGUUGACGCAGAAAGCUUACUGCCGCUCAAUAAUUUUGAGGAGGGAACGAUCUGUGCUGCUAAAUUCCCUGAAGACGGGCAAUGGUAUAGAGCAAAAAUAUUAUCCCACGGCGAUUCAGGCACUAAUGUUUUAUACUUUGAUUAUGGUAAUUCUGCUGUCACGAAUCAACUAAGAAUAUUGCCAGAAGAUGUUGCUAAAAUUCCAAGCCUAGCUACGCAGUGUAGUUUGCAGCUUCCUGAGAAUGUUGAAGAUUGGUCCGAAGAAGCAUCUGAAAAAUUUAUCGAAUUAGUAGCCGACGGAGCAACCAUGUUCCAAUUCGAAAUACUCAAUACUGAUGUUUCCACACUGAUUUCAUUGCAACUGGAUGGUAAAGAUGUUGUAGAUAUACUCAAACCUUUGUGCAAGAAAAAAGUUGUGGCAGAAGGCUGUGACAUAGAGUUUAUUGAAACUACUAAGACUGCAGAAAGUGAUAAACCUACCGAAGAUCGACAAAUAUUGAUAGUCAAUGAUCCGGCAGAAAAACCUACUGAAGAUACAAUUAAGAGCGCUGCCUGUGAUACAGCCGUUGUUCUCGAGGCUGAGAAAGGUAAAAUUAGUUCUGAGGUGGCGAAAAUUGAAACUGGGAAUGUCGAAAUACGCGCCACCGAUAAUCUCGACGAAACAGAAAAUAUUCAAACUGAUAAUGUAGAGGCUGAAAAAGCUCAAAUUAAUGAUGACAACACCCAAGUGAAACAAGUUAUGACUAAUAUUCAAGAAGCAGCUGAAUCUGAAAGUAUCUCUACUGCAUUCGAGUCUGAUAUCUGUGAAAACAAACAAGCUGAACCUGAAUAUCUAGAAAUUGAGAGUGUUCAGUCCAACGAAACGCACAAUGAAUCUGAGAUUACGCCAUCACAAACUGAAAGUUCAGACAUCAGCGGUGCCGAACUAGUCGAAGAGACAUAUGGUGUAACUAAUAAAGUAGAGUCGGUUAACGACAUUGAAGUAGCUACAGAUAGUUUUGAGUUCUUGGCUACAAAAAAUUCACACUUACCUGAACAAAUUUCGAGCACCAAUUUAAGCGCUCAUGUCCCUCAAGUAGCUCCGGUUGAAAUUCAGUUAGACUUGCAAAUUCCUGUAGCAGAAACUGAUGUAACAAUUAGUGCUGAAAGUCCAAAAAUUAUGGAAGAACAAUAUUCUGAUGUCCAAAGUCAUGUAGCUGAUGCUGUAAUGUUAGACGAACCUGUAAAGGUGACAAAUGGUGUCAAUGUUACUCAAAUCUCUGAUGAACCUGCUGAAAUAAGUGCCAUCAGCGUUACAGUAUUAACGAACGAUCUUGAAAAUUCUUCUGAACCGAGUACAACAGAAUCUAUGACGGAAACUACAAUGGUGAAAGAACUGACUGUUGACGAGAUUGUGGAAAACAUGGUGAAGGUAGAGAUUGCUAGCCCCGUUAAAGAGGCAUUAGCUGAGGAUAAAAUUUUUGAGGAUGGGACGCAAAAGGCAUGUGCUCCUAAUGAUACACUGGAAGAAGAAAUUUUACCCAAGGAUGCAUCGGGGGAUACUGAUACCGGUGUUCAUCAGAAAACACCAAAAAUAGAUAAAAUAGUUCCAGGAAGUAUUUGUAGAGGAUCAAUAGACGAAGAUAUUCCUAUAAGUGUUCUUGUACGGCGCCGAUCAAGUUGUACAGAUGAACAAAUUGUCCCUGGAGCCAUUAACAAGGGUAAUGAUUUAACCCAAUCUGAAUCCGAAGACUUAUUAGAUCAAGAAUCUGAAGCUGUUACCAAAAUUCAAAAAAGUGUCGUACCAGAAGUUGUGGAAAUCACUCCCGUUACUCCUGGUAAAAUGAAACAAGAAGAAAAAAUUGUACCGGGAAGUGUAUCAAGAGGUGAGUCACCAAGCAUAGAACUCAAUCAUCCUGCCACUCCAAAAACGCCCCAUUCUGAAAAAUUAGUAGCUGGGGUUGUCAACCUCUCCGAAACUCUGACAGACUAUGACGAGCCAGAUGAAAUACUUACCGUUGAAGUUGAAAACAACAUUCCUGAGAACAGGUCGUAGAUCAUAGGUCAUAACAUUUGUUACAUAAAAUCUAUAAUUACUACAUUAAAAAUACUAAUAGUUAUAAGUACGAAAUGAAAGAAAUGUCUAUAUGUGGAUAACGCUUAGCGCACGAGUUUGAUGUUAUGGGAAAAGUGGGAUAUGAAAAAUAACUUAGCUCUACUGGAUAUACAUUUACCUUUUAUUCGAUACUUUCAAUUUUUCUGUCGUACUAUACAAUUAAUAACAAUCAUAAAUACCUUUCUAUGAAUAAUUCGCCCAUUCAGGUAGCUACAGCUUCUGCAACGGUUACCAAAGAUUUCUCCUUGCUAAUCUAUUACUAUUUUACUUUUAUUUUUCUCCAAUCAUCUAUGUAGAAGCUAAAAAUAUUCUUACACAGAAAUAGCUGUUAAGCAAAUAUCUAAAAAUUAUAUUUUUUUGGAAUUUCCAUAAUUAUUUUAUGCAAGAAGGACAUACCGGUGUUCAUUGUGAUUCCUUAAUAAAAUAAAGUUCAGUCAAAGAAUUAAAGUAGCAGUAAUUAAAAAAAAGAACAAAAAAAUACAACAAAGUUGGGAUUGUGAUCAUUAUCAAUUGUACAAACAAAAAGGAAGGAAAGAAAACCAAAAAAUAAGGAGGAAAACGAGCCGAGUUAAAAAAAAAAUUGUUAACUUUGAGAUGUUUGUAUUUAAAACUAUGAAUAAGCUUACAUCCAAUUAUUUUCAUUUUUAUUUUCGAAUUAGAAUAUUCUCAGUUAUUUUCUAGUAUGAUAUGAUAUGAUAUAUGAUAUUUGAAGAAAAAUUUUUAUAUGCCAUUAUUAGUAUUACGUACUUUAUAUUUUGUAUCUUAAGAAUAGCUACUAAUCUGUUGGCUUAAAAAAAAACUUUUAAAUUGUGAAUUAAAAGUUUGUUUUUUUCCUAGAACGUUGUUACACGCCGUGUAUUACGAUCCUUAAAUAACUUAGCUACCUUUUUCUUUCAAUUUAAGAUUUUUCAUUUAAAACUUUCUACCUUCUAAAAAUUUAUUAGUGCAGACGCGAGUUCAUUUAAGAGUGUUGUGCCAAAAAAAUAUGUACAUACAUUCAUGUAUUUUGUCAUUGGUCAGCAACCCUUCAAGCUUGGACGUCAUUUAUAGGAGAGAAAAGAAAUAGAUAAUAAACUGAAUUCUACGUACCCUGUAUUCUGACAGCAUUUGUGCAAUGGUAGUGAAAUCUUGGAAUUCGCACAAGUCAUUCGUAAUUAUAUAUCCAUAGCUACAACAGUAUUGACACAAUAA